AGCUUUUAGCUGCCAGCCCUGGCCCAUCAUGUAGCUGCAGCACAGCCUUCCCUAACGUUGCAACUGGGGGAAAAAUCACUUUCCAGUCUGUUUUGCAAGGUGUGCAUUUCCAUCUUGAUUCCCUGAAAGUCCAUCUGCUGCAUCGGUCAACAGAAACUCCACUUGCAUGAAGAUUGCACGCCUGCAGCUUGCAUCUUUGUUGCAAAACUAGCUACAGAAGAGAAGCAAGGCAAAGUCUUUUGUGCUCCCCUCCCCCAUCAAAGGAAAGGGGAAAAUGUCUCAGUCGAAAGGCAAGAAGCGAAACCCUGGCCUGAAAAUUCCGAAAGAAGCUUUUGAACAACCUCAGACCAGUUCCACGCCACCUCGAGAUUUAGACUCCAAAGCUUGCAUUUCUAUUGGAAACCAGAACUUUGAGGUGAAGGCGGAUGACCUGGAGCCUAUAAUGGAACUGGGCCGAGGUGCGUACGGGGUGGUGGAGAAGAUGCGACACGUGCCCAGCGGGCAGAUCAUGGCGGUGAAGCGGAUCCGAGCCACAGUAAAUAGCCAGGAGCAGAAAAGGCUACUGAUGGAUUUGGAUAUUUCCAUGAGGACAGUGGACUGUCCUUUCACGGUGACCUUUUACGGCGCUCUCUUCCGGGAGGGUGAUGUUUGGAUCUGCAUGGAGCUCAUGGAUACGUCACUAGAUAAAUUCUACAAACAAGUCAUUGAUAAAGGCCAAACAAUACCAGAGGACAUCUUAGGGAAAAUAGCAGUUUCUAUCGUAAAAGCGUUAGAACAUUUACACAGUAAGCUCUCUGUCAUUCAUCGAGAUGUCAAGCCUUCCAACGUGCUGAUUAACACUCUGGGCCAAGUCAAGAUGUGUGAUUUUGGAAUCAGUGGCUACCUUGUAGACUCUGUCGCUAAAACCAUUGACGCGGGAUGCAAACCGUACAUGGCUCCUGAAAGAAUAAACCCAGAGCUCAACCAGAAGGGGUACAGUGUGAAGUCUGACAUUUGGAGUCUGGGCAUCACAAUGAUUGAACUGGCCAUCCUUCGGUUUCCCUACGAUUCGUGGGGAACCCCUUUCCAGCAGCUCAAACAGGUGGUAGAGGAGCCAUCGCCGCAACUCCCAGCAGACAAGUUCUCCGAAGAGUUUGUGGACUUUACCUCCCAGUGCUUGAAGAAGAAUUCCAAAGAACGGCCGACGUACCCAGAGCUCAUGCAACAUCCAUUUUUCACCCUACACGAAUCCAAAGCAACAGACGUGGCAUCUUUUGUAAAACUGAUUCUUGGAGAUUGAAAACAAUGGACUUAAUCAGUUGACCCUCCUGUGGAUUGGUGGGUUUACGGGGUGAAGCAAGUUCACUAAAGCGCCAAUGGAAACUCAUCUUUGAGAUAAUUUAACCCUGCCUCUCAGAAGGUUUUUUUUCCUCCCCACUUUCUUUGUUUUUUUCCCUCCAAUGGGGGCCUUGGAAUCUAUAGUAUAGAAUGAACUGUCUAGAUGGAUGGAAUAUGAUAAAGGCUUAGGACUUCAAAAGCGUGUAGAUGGAGCAGUUUUUAAGUGGACCUCUGAAAUGUCACAUAUUCAGAUGGAAAAAUGCCAGAGUAAAAUCUAGAAAGAAGAUGCUACCAAACCUGAUAGAACUGAAAAAAAAGAGAUUUUAUUCUAGAAGUCCCUGUUGCAGCUACUGAGAUCUGCUGUUACAGUCUGAAAGCAUCCAUAAACACUACGUAAAUGAGUGAGCAUGUGCUGAGUUCCAAUAAAGCUGUAUUUCCAAAAGCAGAUGAUGAGCUGAAUUUGGCCCGCAGGCCAUGGUUUGCCAAUACUCAUCCUAGACAUCAAAUACAAAACUCCACCUGAUAACUGUGUGCAUAGAAUUCUUGCAUUUAGUGAGUCUUUAGCUCAGCUGCUGUUAGGAAGAUGAAGACAGGAAAAGGAACUCAGAAAAGAUGGAGACUGUGUAGUCCCAGGGACAGUGACUCUUCAUUUCUUUGGAUAUUCUUCAGUUUCCAACUGCUGCUGAGGGGGAAGGAACACGCUGCAGACACUGGAACUGGUCUCCAGGUGUUUGUGUGUGUGUGUGUGUAAAACUUCACACUGUGUGUGUUGUGUUCAAUGUUGUGUCAAUCUAUGAACUGACCCAAGCAACAAUUUGAAAGAGAAGACAUAAUGGCAAAAGACACCCGCCACCUCCUUCUGUCGGAGUGCUUGCUGUGACUUUCACAGCUAGGACAAAUAAGGAUUCAGGAGCAAGGUGUCCUUGAAAGAAAUGAUGUGUUGAUCUCGUAAGAAAAUGUACAACCAAUAAAAGACAUUUAAAAAAGU